CCCAAUCAGUUUGUAUGUUAAAUCCAGCCUGGAUUUAGCAUUAUUACACUCAUAAAACCCAAAGUCUUUCUUCCCCUUCAGAAAAGUUGAAGCCUGAAUGUCUUUACUGUUCAUGGACUUCACGUCUCCAGUUUAUCCACCUUCACUUUCUAUAAUUAAUAAAUGUACCUCUCUCUCUCUCUCCUAUAACUAAAUAAGUUCAUGCGAAGGCCAUGCACUUAGACACCGUUUACAACUCACCGCCCAAUCACACCCAACGAUUCCUCCACCGCAGCAAUGCAUCCUCCUCCAUUUCCUCCUUUCCCUCCUCUUCCUGCCAUUGGCUUUCUUUCCUCUCCUACCUAUCUAUAAUGGCACCCACGACCCGCCAAAUUCAACCUUUCCCUCUCUCUCUGCCUAUCUGUAUUUUAAUAGGGUAUGAGGACCUCUGGCUGUGUUAAGUUCAAUUAAAUACUGCUACCAUCCUGCUGAACUUAAGAGCUAGCAGAAGAUGAAAUUUGAAGACCUUUUGAUGGAAAGAAGCGAGGACGAGAAGAAAAAGCUUCAGCUCCAAGAAGAGGUCGACAACUUGCAAGCAGAAUUAGACGAGGAGAAAGAAAUCAACAGGGUUCUGCGCUGCGCUCUUCAGGGGCCAGUAUUGUCACAGCCAUUGCUUUCCUCGUUGGCUCCACCUCAAGUUCAGGCACUUCUUGCUGAACUAGCAGUGGUUGAGGAAGAGAUACUUUCGCUAGAGAGAAAAAUCAAUGAGCUGAAAAUGGAACUCUAUCAGGAGAAAAAACAGACCAAGGAAUGGAAAAUGCAGCAAUUACAGCAGGCAAAGAACCAAUCAAUAUGCGGACCAGGGAAUGUUUCAGCUCAACAUGAUGAUCUUAAACAGAGAACCAGAUCACAGAAUUAUGAAGUAUUCGAUAAAGGGAAAAUAAAAAGUCAUAGGAGAGCCUCUUUAGGUUCUGCAUUAGAUACCCUAAGCCUGUCUUCCUCAGAAUGCACCGAUGAAUUUCGUGAAAGAUCAAAGAAACAUACCUGGAGAAUCCAAAAUCAAUGCCCUAUCAACAAAGAGCUUAACUAUGAGAAACCAAAUGCACUCUCAGAAGAACUGGUCAAAUGCCUGAUAGGCAUUUUUCUUGAAUUGAACCAAGCAUCACAAGAUAGAGAAGGAUCGGCCAUUGUUCCCAAGCUUAGUUUCUCCUGCAUGGCUUCAAAAGGCUACAUGGCAAAACCCUCAUUGAACUUUAAAUCACCCUUGUUUCCUUUCAAUCAAAAUACAUCAAAUAUCGAUCCUUACAGCAUACUGCCAGAAUUAGUUGGCAUUAUAAGAGACAUUGGGCCUUACAAGAACUUCAUCCAAAUCACUAGACACUCAUUGGAUGUCAGUCGAUUCUCAGAGUGCCAAGCAGCAAUCGGAAAGUUGAGGGUUUUGAUGCAUAAACUAUCUAAUGUUGACUUGACUUUCUUAACCUACAAGCAGAAGCUAGCAUUUUGGAUCAAUAUCUACAAUGCCUGUAUUAUGCAUGCAUUUCUCGAACAUGGGUUACCUUCCACACAAGAGAAAUUACUAGCACUCAUGAACAAGGCUGCACUCAAUGUCGGUGGUAUAGUGCUGAAUGCUUUAGCCAUUGAGCAUUUUAUUCUUCGUCAUCCAUGUGAAUCAAAAUAUGGUCCCAUGGAUGAGAAGGAAAUGCUACUGAGGCAUGCCUAUGGUUUGGGGUAUCCAGAACCCAAUGUAACAUUUGCUCUUUGCCGAGGCAGCUGGUCCUCGCCGGCAUUAAGGAUCUACACAGCAGAUGAAGUAGUGAAUGAAUUGGGGAGGGCAAGGGUUGAGUACUUGGAAGCUUCAGUGGGAGUUACAAACAAGAGGAAAAUUUUGAUGCCUAAGCUUCUGCAAUGGCACAUGCGAGAUUUUGCUGAUGACAUGGAAUCACUACUAGAAUGGAUCUAUAGCCAGUUGCCACGUUCUGCAUCUCUGAAAAGAUUAAUAAUGGAAUGCCUAAACAAAGAAACAAAAUCUCUGAUGACAAGAAUGGUUGAAGUUCAGCACUAUGAAUCUGAGUUCCGCUAUCUGCUGCCCUUAUAACUGAAAUGAACAAAGAACCAGGGGGAAAAGGAAUGUAGUCAUUUGCAGCAAACAUAUUUGUAACAGAAGUUGGUUUCUUUUUAGAUCAACAACAUUCGCUAAGAUCGGCAAAACAGCUUGAGGGAUAAAAGGAGAACUCAACAAGAAUGACAAUUGUUUGCAGCGCUGAAUUAUCAUUGCCAACUGUCAUUUGCAUUCAGCAUAUUCAAAGUUCUACAAACUUGCACAUGUUCCAUUUGGAAGAAAACAGUAGGGUCC